AUGUGACAUAAAGUUCUGGGUUCCUGGUUCCAUGAGAAAUCCAGGAGGAUGAAGAGGAAGAUGGUGAGUGCUUCCUGCCAUAAAUGUGGAAGGAAAGGGAAGUGCUGGAGUUACAGGUCAGCAUGUAAGAAAUACAACCUCCACGUGGAGUGUGUACUGGAGAUGUCGGUGGAGAAUUGGCAUGAGUAUUUCGGACGUGGCAAUGGUAGUAGUUGGGAGCUGGAGACAAGAAUUCCUAGCUUGAACAAUACUGCUCUUCAGACUCAUCAUCAGAAGGGCAAGUGGAAGAAGGUGAAAAAGUGGUGUAAGUUGGCCAGAGUUGCGGUGCAGAUCGUGAUAUCGACGGUGCUCGGCGAUCCCACCAGUCUAUUUGCUGGGGUUAUUGGUAGUUUGUCAAGCCAUCCCCAACACAAGCUCAAGUUCGAGUACUCAGAAUUUCCGCUCAAGUGUGACGGCUGCAAGGAAGUUGGCAUCGGUUCCAGCUACAGAUGCGCCGCCUUCUGCGAUUUCGACCUCCACAUGCACUGCGCCAUACCCUCUCCAUCCAUCUGCCAUGCAUUCUAUUCGAAAUGUUCAUUUAAGUUCCUUCCCCUGCCGCCUGGUGACAUGGCAAGAUAUUGCAACGCCUGCGAGAAGGACGUCACCGGCUUUGUCUAUCACUGCGAGGGCUGUGGAUUUGAUCUCCAUCCCUGCUGCGCCAAGCUGCCUAUGGUCCUCGACGAUGGAGAGGGAGGAGCUGGAGUCGCGUGUGUACGGGAGAUGUUGGUGGAGAAUUGGCAUGAGUUGUAUUUCGAACGUGGCAACGGUAGUAGUAGGAAGCUGGAGACAAGAAUUCCUAGCUUGAAGAAUACUCUUCAGACUCCUCAUCAGAUGGGCAAGGGGAAGAAGGUGAAAAAGUUCUGUAAGAUGGUCAGAUUAGCGUUGCAGUUUGUGAUAUCAGUGGUGCUCGGCGAUCCCACGGUUUUCAUUGCUGGGGUUAUUGGUAGUUUGAUGUCAACAUAAAUCAAGGUUGAUGAGAUUGUGAAUCAUGUCAAAAUUUUCACAAACACUGUAAAGAUUCACUCCAUGUACAUAAAUAAUUAGUUUUACAUAAAUAGAUAAUAAACAUUCCAUAAUCCA